AACAACACAUCUUGCAUCUUAUCCAAACAAAAAAAAUAGAGGACUCAAAUGCAUUGGCCUCAAAAACACCACUAACAAAAACCAAAACAUGCUCAAACACACAAUUCCUUAAACUAAACCAGAAGCAACUAAUAUAACUAUGGCAGCUGCUUCAUCAUCAUACAUUUCAUCACUAAAACUCCCCACUUUUUCAUCAAACAUUCAAAGCAAAAAAGUCCCAACAAAGAGGCUCAACUUCAAUUUCCGUAUUUCAGCUCAACAGGAAACUGAAGUUCAGGAAUCAGAGCAACUGAAAGUAGAAAAUGAGAAGGUAGAAGAACAAGAUGAAAUGAAAGAAGUGCUGAAAAGAGCAACACCAAUUGAAGCACAAGUGAAUGUGAAGAGCAGAAACUUGGAAAGAGAAUAUGGAGGGCAAUGGCUUAGCAGUGUAACCAGACAUGUUAGGAUUUAUGCUGCAUAUAUUGACCCUGUAACUUGUGCAAUGGAUCAAACCCAGAUGGAUAAACUCACACUUAUGAUUGAUCCAACUGAUGAAUUCUUGUGGAAUGAUGAGACCUUGAACAAGGUUUAUGUCUACUUUGAAGAGCUUGUUGAUCAUUAUGAGGGUGCACCUCUGACAGAAUACACUCUCCGCCUCAUUGGUUCAGACAUAGAACAUUACAUAAGAAAGAUGCUCUAUGAAGGUGAGAUCAAAUACAACAUGAAUUCAAGAGUCUUAAACUUCAGCAUGGGAAAACCAAGGAUGAAAUUCAACAGCAACGAGAUUCCAGAUGUACAGUAAUAUCAACAACCAGAUGAUGGAAAUCAGAAACAGAUAGGACGUUAAAUGUGUACCAGAAGACAGAAGACUGAAAGUUUCAGAACCUCAGUUGAUAUUUAGAAAUCUUAUGCUGAAAAGUGAUAACUUGUUGAUAAAGGACAUUUAAAAGAAACAGCUUUUUCGGUUGUGCUUUUGAUAUUGGCCACGUUUAUACUCAUGGCUGGAAAGAUUAUUCUACAAAUGUCACUAUUCAAGAUAUGUUGAUAUAACAUUUCUUCGGCAAAGCCAAAUAAAAGUUAUCGUUGUUCUCUCACAGAAACAUAA